GGCCGUGACGUGUCGCUGGGAAGCACUUCCUGGUUGCUCGAGUGCCCAGUGCUGCCGCUCCAUUCGCUGGACACACCUCUGUCUGAAGCCGAAAUACCCUUUUAGUGUUGUAAAUACAGAUAACGAUAGGCUCUUAUUCACGUAAUCUUGACCUGUUCACUGUACCGCCGCCUGCUGAUAGACAUGGAGACGUACGGCAACUCGCACAAAAAGCAGAAACUAAGCAACGUCGACAGUGAGUGGGGGACCCAAAGAGCAACAAAUGUCACCUACCAAGCCCAUCAUGUGAGCAGAAAUAAGCGUGGACAAGUAGUGGGCACUCGAGGGGGCUUCAGAGGAUGCACAGUGUGGCUCACAGGUCUGUCUGGAGCAGGGAAGACCACCGUCAGCAUGGCCUUGGAGGAGUACCUGGUGUGCCAUGGGAUUCCCUGCUACACUCUGGAUGGGGACAACAUCCGUCAGGGGCUUAAUAAAAACCUCGGUUUCAGCCCAGAGGACCGUGAAGAGAACAUUAGACGCAUUGCUGAGGUGGCUCGACUUUUUGCUGAUGCGGGUCUCGUCUGCAUCACCAGUUUUAUCUCCCCAUACAGCAGGGAUCGUCUCAACGCUAGAAAGAUCCAUGAAGCUACAGGGCUGCCGUUCUAUGAAGUCUUCAUAGAUGCUCCUUUAGAUGUGUGUGAACAGAGAGAUGUCAAAGGCCUGUAUAAAAGAGCCAGAGCAGGAGAAAUAAGAGGCUUUACUGGAAUUGACUCAGAGUAUGAGAAACCAGAGGCUCCUGAGCUGGUGCUAAAAACAGACUCAUGCAGCGUGAACGAGUGCAUACAACAACUGGUCGACCUGCUUCAGGAGAGGGACAUUGUGCCUAUUGAUGCUUUCCAUGAAGUGAAGGAGCUGUAUGUCCAUGAGAAUAAACUGGAUCUGGCUAAAGCAGAUGCAGAGACUCUGCCUGCGGUGCAGAUUGGAAAGGUGGACAUGCAGUGGGUCCAGGUCCUGGCUGAAGGCUGGGCCACUCCUCUCAAUGGGUUUAUGCGAGAAAGAGAAUACUUGCAGUGUCUUCAUUUUGACUGUUUGUUGGAUGGUGGGAUCAUCAACCUGUCAGUGCCUGUGGUGCUGCCAGUGUCCAGCGCAGAUAAGGAGCGCCUGGAUGGAGUGACGGCCAUGGCUCUGGUUUACGAGGGCAGACGAGUGGCCAUCCUGCGCAACCCCGAGUUCUACGAGCACCGCAAAGAAGAACGCUGCGCUCGCCAGUGGGGCACCACCUGCAAGGACCACCCCUACAUCAAGAUGGUGAUGGAGAGUGGAGACUGGCUGGUGGGCGGAGACCUGCAGGUUCUGGACAGAAUCUGCUGGAACGAUGGACUGGACCAGUACAGACUGACUCCCAACGAGCUCAAACACAAGUUUAAAGAGAUGAACGCAGAUGCUGUAUUUGCCUUCCAGCUGCGUAACCCGGUCCACAACGGCCACGCCCUCCUGAUGCAGGACACCCACAAGCGUCUGAUCGAGCGCGGGUACAGGCGGCCAGUGCUGCUGCUCCACCCUCUGGGGGGCUGGACCAAAGACGACGACGUGCCCCUGCCCUGGCGCAUGAAGCAGCACGCCGCAGUGCUGGACGAAGGGGUUCUUAAUCCUGAGACCACUAUUGUCGCCAUCUUCCCCUCACCCAUGAUGUAUGCCGGACCAACUGAGGUUCAGUGGCAUUGCAGGUCUCGAAUGGUUGCUGGCGCCAACUUCUACAUUGUGGGCCGUGACCCUGCUGGUAUGCCCCACCCAGACACCGGAAAGGAUCUGUACGAGCCCACCCACGGGGCCAAAGUGCUGACAAUGGCCCCGGGCCUCAUCACCCUCGAGAUUGUACCCUUCAAAGUCGCAGCAUACAACAAGAUCAAAAGAGCCAUGGACUUCUAUGAUCCAAAAAACCCUCAAGACUAUGACUUCAUCUCUGGCACCCGCAUGCGUCGCAUGGCCCGUUCAGGGGAGAACCCUCCAGACGGCUUCAUGGCACCGAAGGCCUGGGCUGUCCUCAAGGAGUACUAUCAGUCCCUGGAGAAGAAAGCCUAAGUCUAACACGUGUGGAUUCUGCUCAAACCCUAAAUGUGGGACCACUCCUCCAUAAUGUGUCACUCUCUUGAACAGCAUUGAGCCAUUUCAUAGUUACACUGCUGAACUGUACAGUAAGUUCUUUUUACUGUACAAGACUGUAGGGCACUAAUAAGCUUCAUCACAAGUACAUGUUUUUAUUUUCAGACUAACUUUAUCAUGAAUGGCGUGCAUACACAGUGAACAGUUGCUAAUUUGUAUGUGAAGUACUGUUGAGCAGUACAAAACAGAAAAUGGAUAUUUGUAUUAGUGAUGUUAUUAGUCAAAACUUACUGCACCCAUUUGAGCCAUUGUCCAGACAGUUGCUUUAAAUUGUAGAUUUGCAGUUGACGUAUUUGAUGCUUUUGAUGUAAAUGGUGAGUGCCUUGGUCCUGUGCACAAAGUAAUAUCUUGCUUAAAUUUGGGACGAGCACAUGAUUCGUGUCCUAUCACACUAAACUGUGAAGAAGCUGCCUACACGAGAGCACCAAUGAAACGGAAGAAGACCUAUUCAAAAUAUGAAGCUUUUAGUGUUGUGUGAUAUUUAUUGAGUCCUUUUUAACGGCCUUGUGCAUGUAGUUUUAGUGUUGACCUCAUAUUUUGUUACAGUUUUGUUUUUUGUCGCAAAUGUUUUCCAUAUUGUAAUUAAUUUUUAAGACUUGGCCUGUCUAUUGAGAUGAUUACAACAAGGGAUCAGAUUUAUAAUAUUACUUGUCCAAUAAACUGUUUUUAGCUAAA